GGGGCCAUCAGUCGGCUCCUCUGGGCUGCUGGGAUCACACGCGCUCACAGAAAUGAACACUAAGGUACUGAUUGUGGUGCUGGGGCUGGUGGCCCUGGCCCUGGCCGGCGAGGACGCCAAGCCCGCCGCCGAGACCAAGGAGGCGGCGGUCGAGGCCAAGGAGGCUGAGCCAGAGGCGGCCGCGUCCGGGGACAAGAAGCAGGACAAGCGCGGUCUCUUCGAGUCUUUCGGCUACGGCUACAGCGGCGGCUACGGCGGCGGCUACGGCGCCAGCUACGGCGGCGGCAGCCACGGCUACAACGUGGGUGGACCCGGCCUGGGUAGCUACGCUGAGGAGCGCGGGCUCGACUUGGGGCACAGCGCCAGCGGCGGCGGUGACUACGGGUACGGCGGCAGCAGCAGCGGCGGCGGCGGGGACUACGGUGGCCACGAGGAACACCAGGAGGAGCACCACGAGCACCACCCGGAGCCGCACGUCGAGGAGCACGAGCACCACGAAAAGGUCGUCACCAAGGUCAUCACCAAGAAGGUGCCCUACCCCGUGCACCAGGUCAAGCACGUGCACGUGCCCGUCAAGGUCCACGUCGACAGGCCGUACCCCGUGCACGUACCCAAGCCUUACCCCGUGCACAUCGAGAAGAAGGUGCCCUACCCCGUGAAGGUGCACGUGCCCCAGCCCUACCCCGUGCACCACGAGAAGAAGAUCCCCUACCCCGUCAAGGUGCCCUAUGACGUGCCCCGUGCCAUCCACGUCCCCAAGCCCUACCCCGUCUACGUCACCAAGCACAUUCCCGUGCCCGUCGAGAAGAUUGUCCACUACCCCGUCAAGGUGCCCGUCGAAGUUCCCAGGCCGUACCACGUCAAGGUGGAGAAGAUCGUCCCCUACCCGGUCGAGAAGAAGAUCCCCUACCCCGUCAAGGUGCACGUAGACAGGCCAGUGCCCAUCCACGUCGACAAGCCCGUGCCCUACCACGUCGAGAAGACCGUCCCCUACCCGGUCGAGAAGGUGGUCCACUACCCAGUCAAGGUGCACGUCAAGGUGCCCGUGCCACAGCCCUACCCCGUCAAGGUAGUGAAGGAGGUGCCCGUGCCCGUGCACGUCAAGCACGAGGAGCACCACCAGCACCACGAGGAGCACCACCCCUGGGCAUAGGCUAUGUCAACGGCCUCCUGGGGACUCACAAGCGAUCUCACUACCCCAGUCCAACAUACGUCAUCUGAGUUAACUCUUGACCACUAGGCAGUCACGCUUAGCGGGCCGAGAGGGCAUAGGUAUAUAUUAUGUUGUUAUGUUGACUACGAGCUUUACGAGGAGAGGAGAGGGGACAUAUUGUACGGGUGUUUUAACGGCAUGACAUCUGACUCAUGGUCCAUUUGCUCAACCCUUUGCGCCGGCGCACCUGGGGUGUCUCUGUCGCGAACUGAAUAUAUAUGACUUAGAGGCACUCGUCAAACGACUUAGGAAUUUAAAAAAAAAAUCCAAACAAAUUGUUACCAUUAAUGUGUAAGGCAACGAAACAAAGCUAAGAAAUAAUAAACGACUGUACGACCCAACAGAA